GAGGCGACAUUUCCUGCCGUUGGGGGCCGGGUGACGGAGAUGAGUUGCUGAGUGUGCACAUCUCCGGGGAGCACAUACACAUCCCGUGCUCCGGGGGCUCCCUUCUCAGGCUGCCCCCAUGGAGCCCCCUCUGGCCCAGAUAUGCCCCCAAGAUCCCUGGUCAGAGGCACGCAGGGCCCUCACUGAGAAACCCCAGCUUCCCUCUGCACUAACAGGAAGUCGCGAAGCCCCUGCUGCUGCCUUCAACACCUUCCAGAGGGUGGAAUUGCCCCGCAGGAGCCGCUGCGGCCUGAGCGUGUCUCAGGGGCCGGGGCUCCGGGCCCCGAAGGCUGAGGAGACCCAGCCCAGCCCCAGGGUCCCCGCUGUCCGUGCCGUGGCCUGUCCUCAACCCCCAGGGCCUGCCUCCAGCCCAGACACUGAGAAGGCUGAAGAGGUGCCUGGGGAAGGCGGCCAGUCCCUGCAGGCUGAGACCCGGGCUUGGUUCCAGAAGACCCAGGCCCACUGGCUCCUGCAGCGCGGGGCAGCCCCCCCCUGGUUCCAUGGCUUCAUCACCCGGAGGGAGGCCGAGAGGCUGCUGGAGCCCAAGCCUGAGGGAUGCUACUUGGUGCGGUUCAGCGAGAGCGCCGUGACCUUUGUGCUGACUUACAGGAGCCGGACUUGCUGCCGCCACUUCCUGCUGUCCCAGCUCGGGGACGGGCGCCACGUGGUGCUGGGCGAGGACAGCGCCCACGCACGGCUGCCGGACCUGCUGCGACACUACACCGUGUGCCCGCUCAGCCCCUACGGGGAGACGCUCAGCGAACCCCUGGCCCGCCAGCAGACUCCUGAGCCUGCAGGACUCUCCCUAAGCCUUGAAAUGUCAGACUCGGGAACAAAACUCCACCCUCAGUACAGCACCAUCCUCAAAAAGUCGCUGAACGCAGGCCCCACGCAGAAGGAGGGCGCCGGGGAGCGGAAAGAGCCUCCCCAGCCGCCCAGGCCCAAGCCUCCCGUGCCCGCCAAGCCUCAGUUGCCCCCCGAAGUCUACACAAGCCCGGCCCCGAGGCCCCGCCCGGCCCCGCCCCCCAAGCCCUCCAACCGCAUCUACCACGAGCCUGACGAACCCAUCGCCUUCUACGCCAUGGGCCGCGGGAGCCCCGGGGAGGCCCCCGGCAACGUCUAUGCCGAGGUGGAGGUGCAGCUGGCGCCGGGGGCUGGGGGCCCGCCCUGCGCCCUCGCGCACCCUGCCCUGCGGAAGUGCCGCUCCAGGCCUGUUCCCCGAAACCAGAAUCCAGCCGGCCAGCAACUGCAUUCUGAGAACUCUGUGACCGGACAAGGCCCUUUCGUGCCCCACCAGACCCUGCCCCGCUGGGGGCACACCCUCCCCCACAAGCUUUCUAGACAGAGGACGGAGGACAGAAGCCAGGCGUUGCUUCCCCUGGGGCCUCCUCAGUAGCCCGAACAGAAGCAUCCUGGUCCUACACCUGCUGGAAUUAAAACCGAAUCUCUCUCUCAAGUGAAAACCGGACAGAGGUGAGCUGGAAUUUGCAUCUGAAAGGAGGACAUCAGAUGCCUUGGAUGCCCGACCAGCCAAGCAGGAGAGGACAGCAUCAAAGAUGUGGACAGGGCCACACGGGACACCAACAAGCGACAGCUGUGUCUUGAGAUGGAGUGUCGCUGCUGUGCUGCACACAGUGGAUGUGGAACCCUAGAAAUUCACACCCCUUUCAAGCACAAACCGAAGCUGUGAAAUACAGACUGGAAGGCACCAGAAUUGUGACUUUCCUCUGCUGACCUCAACGCCACACUUGGGGACCCUACGGGCACCACCUGAGAAGGGGGGCUCGCCAACCCCACCCCGCCAGAGUUAGCUGGUAUCUGCCCACGUCCCCUUGGUUAAGGGGCGGAGGUGAAGAGUUAGGGUUUCGGGACACCUGGGUGCCUCAGCAGGUGAGCACUGGACUCUUGAUCUUGGCUCAGGUCACGAUCUCACCCUUCAUGAGUUCAAGCCCCGCCCCUUCCGACUCUGCGCUGACACUGCAGAGCCUGCUUGGGAUUCUCUCUGCCCCUCCCCCACUCACGCUCUCUCUCGAAAUAAACAUUUAAAAAAAAAAAAGGGUUUGAGCUUAAAAGCAAACCCUGCCCUCGAAUCCUUUCCCUACAAAUAACAAGUCAGGAUAAGGACACAGGGGAGUCCCCGAAAAGGAAGGCGAACCAUUGACAAGAACAGCAAAAGCAGAUUUCCCCCCGAGGUCACCAGGCAGCAAUGUGUCCCCAGGGAAAGGGCCAGAACAGCACGUUCCCAUCUGGGUCUCAGACAGCGUUCGGCGCAGGAGGUCUCCAAAAGAUGUCUGCUUCAUGAUUAAAUAAGUGAGAGUUGCUGGGUCCUAUCAGGUAAGUGGCAUUCUAAUUCCAGAAGACAUGUUUGGAUUAUCUGCGACUUUUAAUUAUUUGUGUUGUUUCCUGCCACAGAAGUGGAGACUACAAAACCAACAUCCUUAUCAGGUGGAUGUUCUGUUAAAAGCUGGCGAACCCAUUUUUUUCUUGAGAUUCUUAACUCCCUAGAUAGAUAAACUCGCCAUUUAUUUCUGAUAAACUUGCCAUGUAAUAGAACCGUAGGAGAAACCACUUUGCUGCCCUCCGCGUGCAUGUUUGGGUAUCUGAAUCUCCACCUAGUUUACUCGCAAGCCCCUGGCACUUGAGGCUGAAGGGAAGUGGGAAGUGACAGGAGCCAGGCGCCAGGCGGGGUGGGGUGGUAGGUGAUUCUGAAGGACACAUCCCCCCCUAGUGGCCACAUGGAGAACGGACCCUGGGAAGCUGGUGCCUGGCACCUGGGCUUCCAGACCACGGGGCGGUGAAGGGGCCUCAGGCCCGCAGUCAAGGGGUCUCAGCCGGCUGUCCCUGGGGUCUCCGGGGACCCUCUCACCUGAUGGAUCAGGUACGUGAUCUGGUGCUUCCGCCGCUGCUGGCCCGUUGGCUGCUCCCCUUUCUUCUGCGAGGGAAGAAAACACACUCGUUAAGCCACAGGAAGAAAAGGAGAAGUAUCACACGCGCCCAGAUGGUGCAAGGCUGGGGCUUAGAAACCAAGUACUUGGCCUAAAACCUGGGGGAGAAAAGUCAGCUUGGGGCUGUUUUUAUGUCUGUACGCUCACAAAACGGUUUUUAUUAAAACCAUUAUGCCAAAAACCCAGGCUAAGAAGCUCUGCCUGAAAUAGCCUGCUAAUAUCUCUGCUGGACUGGAGAUGCUUUGAGGUCAGGAUUGUGUCUUCUGUUUCUUUGGU